AUGGAUUUACACAUAAACCAGGCCCCCGCGGGCACUAUGAGCGACCAACUUCGAGACCUCAACGAGAGACCGUCGCAGGCAUCGAAAACCCAAAAUUCGUUUUUGGAAGACCCCUUUGGACACCCUACAAAUCUAUCACACCAUUCAUCGUCUACUGCUACUUCCUCGUUGAGAAGCCCACCGGGAUUCCAUCAUUUCUCAUCAGAAGCAACAGAGUACAUGCGCUUGACACCGGUCAACAUCAAGAAUCUAACAUCUCCAAUACGAGGCCCAGAACAGCGACCAGCUCUUCUUUCCAGAGAAGAAAGUUCGACGUACACUGCUUACAAAGAAAAUUUUAACCUCAUCAGCAGGAAACUCGAAAAACUGCUGGAGGGGCUGGACGUCAUCUACCGCGAAAUCGGAUACUCCAAUACCGAAAUUUCAGAAAAGGAUCAGCUAAUAUUUAACCAUAUAUCGGACUCCAUCACUGGAUUUUUCGAACAAGCCAACGAGGAACGUGAUAGAAUCACAGCGGACAACACAAUUUCAAGGCAAGCCUUACAACGCGUACUUCAAGUUUUACAGGAUCCAAAGGGCACUACCACCAUUCCAGAUCUCUAUACACGUAAUGUGAUUGUCAGUUCCUCGGGGUCAAAUGCUAACUCGCCAAAAAAACAGACGUCUCUGAUUACGCGGCGAAAAAUAAUCUCAAAAGCGAAGAACUACGUUAUCAAAACUUACACGCCCAAACUAAGUGUCUUUUUGGAACGUGUCAUCAGACUCAAAAGUUUAGCAGCUGCCACUGGUGAUUACAUCCCAGUGACACAAGGUCUGGACACUCAAGCGCUUCUGUCGGUGAUUCCGCCGCUCAAAACUUGUCGAUAUUUCAAAUCCUGCUUGUCACCAAUUCACCAUGAUGUUGAGAAAACAUGCGCUUUUGUCAUAGAACAUCGAAAGGUGUUACUCAACACCAUUAAUUUUAACGAUGUAUCCGACAAUAUAGUCGAGCGCAUCAACGUUACUAUUUCUAUGUUCGAGAAGGAGUUUGAAUCUAGACUUCAAAAGGCUCUGGCCAUGAAACGGGAGAUCCUCGAUCUGUUGAAGCUAUUGAACCUCAGUCCAGACCAAAAUCUUGAUGAACCAACGAGGGAUGUGUUCAAGCAGCUUCCUAGCGAGGCGAUAAAGGACAAAACUAAAAGAGAGCUUCCGGAAGCAAAGCAAUUAGCAGUGUCCACUUCGACCUUGGAGAAAUUGGAUAUUGUUUUACGUGAAUACAGAGAUUUAGAAGCCAAUUGCCGCCAAGAGAAACAGGAAUUUUAUCAAAAGUGCCGUCACCUUUGGGAGAAACUGAAAAUUUCUAAGGCUUAUACCUCAAAGUUUGAAAGUUGCAAUGCAGAUUUAUCAAAAACUUCAGUGAAGAAUUAUAUCCAAGAAUAUAAUCGACUCCAAGACAUGAAGAAGAAACUCAUUAAAAAUCUCAUACAAGACUCGUGGACGAAGAUACAAGAGUUGUGGUCAGCGAUGCACUUUGCACCGCAGGAUACUGCAGCCUUUCAAGAUAUGUUCAGCAGUAUGAUAGAAGCCUCGACAACUCUGGAUGACGAUGAGAAGGUUCUGGAAACCUGCGAAGUGGAAAUUGUUGCAUUAGAAAAUAAACUUGCUGCAUACAAACCGCUCUUGAAACUGAUUGACGAGUUCCGCUCUUUACAAAACGACAAAUUGAAUUUAGAAAAGAGCAGUAGAGAUUCUUCGAGACUCUUGCUAAGAAACUCGCACCGGAUUUUAUUAGAGGAAGAGAAGACGAGGAAGCGUAUCACAAGGCAUUUUCCUAACGUUAUUCAAGAACUUGUGCAGAAAUUGGAGAAUUUUGAGGAAGACUCCGGAAGGCCAUUCAUGGUAGAAGGCUCGAGGUUUCUGGAAGUUGUGCUGCAGCAGGAAGAAGAGAUUAUCAGCAAAUACCCUAGAAGCAGGAUCAGCUCAAAUUUCAAAAAUCCCGGAGCAUCAGCUUCUGCCACAUCUAGAUUAGCGCCCGCCUCUCGCUCUCCUCGCAAGGAACAAACGCGGCCUAAAUUUCAAGCUAAAAGUCAUAGAAAUGUCAUGCAAAGGACACCGAUUAGGAAUCAUGGCGCAGUAAGCUCAAAACCUGCCGAAAGUGACCAAAACAGAUUCCAGUUCUCCUCCAAUCGCCGCACCAGAGCGGCCCGUAUGUCAAGUCCCAUUAGAAAGACCGAUACCAAGAGUUCCGCCAAGGAAGCUACUCGAGGUAGCCCCACCAAGAUUCCAACUCUGACGAGAAGUGCGACAUUUCCGGAAGAGAGCAACUUUUUCGGCAUUGGUUCAAAGCCAAAGACACGGAUGGUGGCACCUGAAGGAUUAAAAUUGAUUUCUCCAAAUAAAUUGAACUCAGUGAACAAGAUCUCGAAAGCAGAAGUUACGAGCGAAACGCCCACUCUCGUAAGAAAUCCUUCAUCACUAUCUUGGAUGGAAAGACCGGAGAAUCCAGAAAAGGAAAAUAUCGUUCCAUAUUCUUUAAAGUCACCUUUGCGGCUAUCAAACAAAAUGCUUUCUAGGCUGGAACCUCCCAAAAGAGAGGAGGUUGAUAACUCGGUUUAUACUAUCACAAAGUCUCCGGACGGCAAGUUUCUUCUUAACGUUGAAGAAAAUGCUACGGCAGACAACACUGCGGAGGGAGAGGAUACCAGCAUACUAGCAGAAGACGACAAUUUUGCUAUAUGGAAACGAGAACGAUUGGCAAGGAUGAAUAGCAAUGAAGGUAAAAACCUUGAUCUCCCAUCAAGCCUCAACUGGGAGACAGAUGUAUUCUAG